AUGAUAACCCAAAUAAUACAUAAUAACAAGAAAGCAACUCAAAACAUUAUGGGACAACAUCUAACAAAGUUGGCUACUCUUACAAGCAUUCUAAUGCUGGUUGCCUACACGUCGUCUCCAAAGGCUGAUAUGUACACAUGCGCGAAAAGGUUGAGGGAGAAACAGGAAACUGAGUUUUGGAGGGAAAGCAAGGGUUCUGUCUUCAGCAAUCAUCCAACACCGAGGUUUAUUUCUCGAGGUAGCACAUUCAAAGUCGUGACUGGGGACACCGUUGUACUGCCUUGCGAAAUACAAAAUUUAGGCAAACUCAGUUUCAAAAAAAACAAUCAGCAGGAUUCGGUAAUUCGACUAGUCCACUUGCCAUCAUUGUUGUUUCUGCAUACUAGAUGGGGGUCCUUUAGGGCAGACAUUGACAGUAAGCUUGGAGCGGUCCCAUACAGGCUUGGCAGGGGCUCUGACAUAGAAGCAGCUGUCGAGUCUCUGAGCAGGGACUUGACGGCCGCAUAUGAGGAAAACUGCCCGUUACGCAAAGUACAAGCAGAAUCACUCCAGCGGAUGAGACUGGACAAAUCGGGAAGUUAUCACACAGGUGUAUCGCAGCAACUCAAAGCUUCAUUUGAAAUAGCAAAGCAAAAGAAACCUCAUAUUAUCGGUGAAGAAUUAAUAAAACCAUAUUUCCUAAAAGCCACGCAGAUAAUUUUAGGAGAAGAUGCAGAGCAAAAAGUGAAGUCUAUUUCUCUUUCGAAUAACACAGUCAAGCGUAGAAUCGAUGUCAUUGGAGCAGACAUAAAGUCACAAGUACGAAACAAAUUCAUCAUGUUGCAAGUUUCCAACCAAUCAAUAAGAAAGCCGUUACAAAUACUACAUGAGACUUACAUCACUGUAUAUAUAGCACCGCACCAAUGUAUGAACGUGAGAGAGAGAGAGAGAAGGAGAGAGAGAGAGAGGGAGAGAGAGAGCGAGCGAUCGAGCGAGCGCGCGUGGUUCCAGGCAUACCAGGCAGUAUUGGAAAUCUCCCAGUUCCUUAAUAAAAUUCAUUCGGUGUUCUUUACCACAAAGAUACAGGAAAUGGGAAACGGGCAAGGUUUUUUGUGCAUAAUGCAGGAAAAUAACAAGUACAGCUCAACAACAACCCGACUACACUGCAUAGAGUUGAAAGCAUACGAGCAUAUUCAAAUCUGA